AGCAAACACAAUAUCAAUGCACAUUGAUUUCUCAGGGAUCAAAUCAAAGGAGUUACGACGGCGAUGACGACGAGAACGACUGCGACGGCGGCCGCGACCAUCUUGUUGAUCAUGUGCUCGGUGUUUCCGGCGGGUGAAGCCAUUUGGAUGAACUUACCCUCCUCCGACACCAAGUGCGUCUCUGAAGAAAUCCAGAACAACGUCGUCGUUUUGGGCGAUUACGUCGUCAUCUCCGACGAUCGCAGCCACUCCCCCACCAUCUCCGUCAAGAUUACAUCGCCAUAUGGGAACAAUCUUCAUCACAGUGAGAAUGAAACAGAUGGCCAGUUUGCCUUCACAACACAAGAGCCUGGAACCUACCAGGCUUGUUUUUCGGUUGAUGGUAACAAACGUGAAGGUAGUUCAGUAAGUAUCAGCCUUGACUGGAAAAUUGGAAUUGCAGCUCAGGAUUGGGAUUCAGUAGCAAGAAAAGAGAAGAUUGAGGGUGUUGAGCUUGAACUACGGAAACUUGAACAAGUAGUGGAGGCUGUCCAUGCGCAUCUACUCUAUCUCAAGAACAGAGAAGUGGAUAUGAGGAAUUUGAGCGAACGAACUAACUCGAGGGUGGCAUGGUUUAGCAUGAUGUCGUUGGGCCUCUGCAUCGGAGUUUCAAGUAUGCAGCUAUGGCACUUGAAGAGAUUUUUCCAUAAGAAGAAGCUUAUUUGAAUUACGCUACUCCGAUUAUCUGUGUAGACACAAGAAAGUAAAAUUGAGAAUUCGAUAGGCAUUCGCUACAUGGUUUUGUUAAAGGUUGAGAAAUGCAUCGUGUUGGCCAAGAAAUCAAGCAUGCUUUCUCAAAGAACAACUACUUAAUGAAUCUUAAUUGUGAUAGAACCGAAUAUGGUUGUAUAUAAACUUUUUCGCUACGAGAAGAAGCACUGAAGAUUUGGGGGCUUCGUGCGUUUGCUUGCACAAAUCUGUUUUCAUGUCA